GUCUAUAAAAAUUUGAAAAGAUUUAUACAACACUUUUCAAAAUCAUGUCCAAAUAUUUACGAAUCUUGACCUGAAAAUUUUCCGCUCUUCAAAAAUUUAUAAUCAAUUUUCUCACGUCGAAAUUCAUUAACAUUUAUAACAUCCCUGUAACAUCUAGUUGGGAAACAGAAUUUUUAACGUUCCAAUAUCUCGCAGUAUGGUUUAUCCCUUUCACAGCGAAAUUUUCCAUCAAUCAACAGAAUUUCACUCGGCUUCACUCCCAAAGGUGUGAAUAGAGAAAUCGCGUGAUACAACACGAUGCUCUUUUUUGCAAAAUUCCUGGUGCAGAACUUGUACGGGCAUCUGUCGUGUAUCUGUUUGAAAAUGAACAACAAUGAAAGACGUAAAACAUCGCGACGUAGUUUUAUGUUCGCGAGUAUGGUCGUACAACGACGACAAAGAGUCACGAGACUGCGAAUAAUUCGUGGACUAGACUUAUUUGCGGUAUAAAAUAAGCGCCGUUCCGCGAGGAGGGAUACAAACGACGAUAAAGCCGAAUUUACAGGGAAAUAGCUGUCGAACAGCGGUUUUUCACGCUAGAAAAGAUUUAAACGAUCUUGUUGUAACGUUCUUCGGCAGUCACGUCCUGACAGGCGUAUUUCUAUCAGUCAUUGUGAAAGAAGAGUAGCAAACUGAUUCCGGAUCGUUUCAGCUUCGAAUUAUAGGCUUGGAUUAUUGGAAGUUUGCUUUGCUUCGAAUUAUUUUGUACUUCUUGCGAUCAAACGUGCUGUUUAAUCACGUUGAAGAUAAAUUUGUAUGUAUCGUGUUAAUUAGAAAGGCUAAAUGGUUGGGCAAAGUUUGGACAAAGUAGCAUCUGGUUUGAUAUUCUUCCUGGAGAUUACCUGGGCCAUCACGCUCUUCGUACAGAUCUGCGUCAGAAAUGACGAGUCUCUUUGCUCGUGCUACUGGUCGGCAGUGGUGGCGAUAACGAGGGGUUGGCGAAGAGCAUUGUUUUAUCUACCACUAUCCUGUAUUUUGGCAUGGAAACCGCACAGUCUUCGGUUGUCCUAUGUCGCGGCCGGACUUUUGGCAGUGCUAUCCUUGCUGCAUAUUGCGUCCAGUGCUUUGGUGGGCCGUGGUUCCUGCCAGAUGAGUAAUGCCAUGGAUUCGGUUGGCGAAAGUCUUCUAAGUACUAGGCCCGAAAACUAUGAUCGCUUCGAAGAAGUUCUGGUGACGGAAGUUUUGGACGACGGCUUGUCGGGACCAACUGGCCGAGUGGGAGAUAGCGACGGGGAAAUAUGACACGAACGUCAACCCUCGUGGGCGAGCGAAUCGGACGAGAACAGUGAACCGGAACAAAGGACAUGUCAGAUUGCAACGGUAUCUUAGUCGUUGAUGGCGAACAGAGGGAAUGCUGCUGAUUUUGGCGUUUCGCAAGCAACACCAAAAUUUUGGCUUUUUCCGCGUCGUACAAAGGCUGCUGGUGUCUUUACGAAAACAUAAUAUACAGGAAGAAGAGCGAGAGGUCUGCGUGUUUGGAAAGUUUGUAAAAAUAGGAAGAGUGGAACUUUUUGAACGAAGUUUACGGGCGAAAAGUGAUGUUCGAGGGCGGAUAAACAAGUUACAAGUAACGUUGAAAAAUUCGACCAAAGAUCCACGCAGUAAAACAGAAAUACGUGAAAUUGAAGGUUGCUCGAGGUUUAUUGUUUUCUUUUUGCGUAGCUCCGACUUCCUACGAGUCGAUAUAUACUGUUAAAGUAGAAUAGAGAAAAGGAACAUUCCUGCAAAAUCGGCCUUUAAUCGAUCAGAGUUCCUUUCGAUAAGUGUGAGCACUGCGUUAAGCGUUCGUUCGGAUGUUAAUUAAAAGAAAACUGUUAACAGUCUGCCGUACUCUGAUAAACUAUCUGUCUGAUAAUAUGACAUUUUUGUUUAUAUAUCAUUAAUAGAUGUUUUUAAAUGAUUAAUUGUAAUCGGUUGUAGUUUGUGUGAAAAGCGAU